AUGCCCCUACUCCUGCUUUUCGGCCAACCUCUCACAGGAAAGUCCAGGGUCGCCGCUCAGAUCCAGCAAGAGGCUGUGGCUCGCGAGCUGGAUUCGGUAGUAAUUGACUUGGGGCUUAUGGGAUGUACAAGCAAAGACUUGACAGAAAACAUCGGCACUGUUCGCACGCGUCUGCGCCAGCUUGUUGCUCAGUACUUGUCUAAAGAGCGCCUAGUGAUAGUAGACCACACGAAUCACACGAAGAGCUUUCGCUAUGAACUAUUUUGUAUUGCACGUGAGAGGAAGACAACGAACUGCAUCGUUUCGUGCUAUACCGACCGGCCCAUGGACGAUGCCGAGCUUUCUAUGUGCCCGGAAAACCCUUUGGUCGGUGAGGAGCGGCUUUGGACGUACCCUCGUUAUGCAGAUAUAUGUUCCCGGUUCGAGUCCCUUCUGGUGGGAGCUAAGGCAGAUCAGCCCGUAUUCAGUGCUUCUGCCAGUCCCCAACUUAUCCUAGACUAUCUGUAUAACGUAGUGAAGGCACCUGGGAAGGCUGGGCUAAAGUCUAUUCUCUCUGCGGCAACAGAUUCCGUUGCGCUGUCCUCUUCAGAAGCCGCUUCUCCAGAAGUAAUACGUCGCAUUACAAAAGAUAUCGUAGCUACCAUCUUCAAUGCCCAGGCAUCGACGGGAGCUAUCAGUAUGAUGCUCACUGUGUACCCUCCCUCCAUAUCGGUUGCCCUGCCCUAUGCAAUCAUUCCUAUUGCACAGCUUCAAUCUCUCAGACGAUCUUUCCUACAACACCCUCCUGACUUCCCACACCCUGUCUCUGAGGGCUCCGUGGCAGGCGUGUUCGCCCAAUACCUCAGCGAGAAGCUUCAGCUGGUCGAGGUUUACUCAUCUGCCUAG